CACGGUAGGAAAAUCCAUUGUUUUCCUCCGUGUCAUGUUGGUGUGUGUGUGUUGUUCACUUACCCUGCCAUGUGCUCGUUAGAGCGAUCCCUUUCACCUGUGUGUUGAUUGUCUCGCUCCAGCUGUUCAUCAUUACAUCAUCUCCAUAAAGACUCACCUGACUUUCUGUUCCCUGCCAGAUUCUAUUGUUUGCUCAGUCUCCGUGUUGCUUGGUUGUUCCCUGUGCUUUGGAUUACGUGUUUCAGUUGGAUGUGUAUUGUCGUCGUCGUCUUCGUGUGGAUGUUCCGUGUCAGCCUGGAUUUCACCACUGCUCACCACUCCACCAACGUCGCACUCAAAACACCAACUUCCACCGUAGUCAUCGUCACCAUUGCCAACAACAACACCGGACUGGAUUACUUCCGCAUUUGACUUUGAAUACUCUCUCUUUGUUUAUAUUUAAUAAACAUUGUUUCAUUUUUACACCUGCGUUUGCUUCCGUCUUUACAAGUCAUUACAGAAGAAUCUGGCCAACAUGGAAGCAGCAGGUGGCCAGCCGAUCUCCGGGUUGGAAGAGUUUCUCCAGCGAUCUCUGGCUCGUAUGUAUCAUCAGGAUCAAACCAUCGAGGACAUGCGGAAGGCCGUCCAGGCAAUGGUGGCGAAGGUUUCCGAGCUCUCUCAGCGAUCUCCGAACAUCACGCCUCCCACUGCGCCACCCAUGCCGCCCGCACCAUCUUCACCUCCAGGGGGUAGUUUCAUCCAGGAACCGAGACUGCCGAUCCCGGAGAAAUAUGCCGGUGAGCCCAACUACUGUCGUACUUUUCUCUCUCAUUGUUCUCUACAUUUCGCCCAACAGCCCCGGACAUUCUCGCUCGAGGAGACCAAAGUGGCGUUCACGCUCUCACUGCUCUCGGGCAAGGCUGCCCUCUGGGGGACGGCGGUAUGGGAGAACCACGACAGCUGUUGUUCCUCGUUCGCCUCGCUUUCCGAAGAAAUGAAGAGGGUUUUCGAUCGCUCCGUCGCCGGGAGGGAGGCCGCCCGGCUCCUCACGGAUCUCCAGCAGGGGGAGCGGUCGGUCUCGGACUAUGCCAUCGAGUUCCGUACCCUGGCGGCGGAGUGCAGGUGGAACGAGGAAGCGCAGUGGGACCAUUUCCUGCAUGGGUUGGCGGAUCGGAUCCAUCGAGAGAUCAUCACGGCGGAAUUACCGAAGUCGCUCAACGGUCUGGUGGACUUGGCGAUCCGGGUUGACGCACGCCUGUCUACCGUUGCCAGAAGGAAGACUCAAGUUCUGCCCCUACGUCAAGCGGAGUCCACGGAUCCUCCCAUCGAAGUUUCCGCCGGUGGUCUCUCAGAUCCGGAACCCAUGCAGGUGGGUCGAGCUCGGUUACCCUGGAAGGAGAGGAAUCGGCGGAGAUCCUUGGGUCUUUGCCUAUACUGUGGUGAGUCGGGUCACCAAUGUCAGAGGUGCCCGGUAAAAGACCAAGCCCGAUAGUAAAACAGAGGCUACUAUCGGGCAGGAUCUCCGCACAGAAGACCUCUACUACAUCCACUCUCCUUCCGGUGAGACUACGGUGGUCCACUAUGUCACACUCGGGGCACGCACUUCUGGAUUCGGGGGCGGAGGGCAACUUCAUCGACAGCUCACUAGCACUUCUUGGUCAUCCGUGGCUUCAUUCCCAUAACCCAAGAAUUGACUGGAAACUGGGUUCUGUUACCAGCUGGAGCGAGGAGUGUCAUAAGUCCUGUCUUGUCUCUGCUUGUGUUUCUGUGUCUGAGUCUGUGUUUCAGGGGAAAGCAGUGGAUUUGUCUACCGUGCCCGCGGAGUACCAUGACCUGAAGGAGGUGUUCAGUAAGUCGCGGGCUGAUUCUCUUCCUCCUCAUCGUCCCUAUGACUGUGCGAUAGACUUAUUGCCAGAUUCUAUUGUUUGCUCAGUCUCCGUGUUGCUUGGUUGUUCCCUGUGCUUUGGAUUACGUGUUUCAGUUGGAUGUGUAUUGUCGUCGUCGUCUUCGUGUGGAUGUUCCGUGUCAGCCUGGAUUUCACCACUGCUCACCACUCCACCAACGUCGCACUCAAAACACCAACUUCCACCGUAGUCAUCGUCACCAUUGCCAACAACAACACCGGACUGGAUUACUUCCGCAUUUGACUUUGAAUACUCUCUCUUUGUUUAUAUUUAAUAAACAUUGUUUCAUUUUUA